CAUUCUCGAUACGGUUAGUACCGACUUAGAAAGUGUUUGAGUCGUACCUGCGCCGAGCGUGUUCUUCCGAGUGAUUUCCAAGUGUGACUUUUCUAUUUCAAACAGGUGUCAGUCAAGGUAUGAUUCUUCCAUGUCCUAGUGCAAAGUGAAGAUGAGACCGAAGAGGUCCUUGCCGGUGGUGGUCCUUGUUGGUAUCGUCUUCCUGACGCCUCCUGCUGAAGGUCACGUGGCACUGACGUUCCCGCCGGCGCGAAAGUAUGAUCUUGACUUUCUGGACAGCUCGAGAACCAAAGCACCCUGUGGAAUGCCCAAAGGCGACGUAAGAACAUCCUUUUUGAGUGGAAGCAAGUUCAACGUUUCGUGGCACUUGGGAUAUCCCCAUAGGGGUGGUUUUAAAAUCCAGCUGCUCGACCAGCUCGAAAGACCCGUCUUGGAUCUAACUCCGACGAUUCAAGGGUCGGAAUUUGUGUCCAGUGACGCGACAGCACAAACCUUCCAAGUUCAGUUACCCAGUGACUUCACCUGUCCCAAUUGUACGCUGCGUCUGAUCCGUGAGGCGCUAGAAUGGGGGAAAGAUUACAAAUUCUGGUCGUGUGCAGACGUGGAUAUCAAAACAAGAAAGGAAUUCAGAGAGUCGUGCAGUGGCCACGGGAGGUACCUUGUGGGUAGAUGUAAAUGCGAUCGAUUAUAUUAUGGUACCUUCUGCGAAAAUCGCGACGAGUGUUUGGAGGACAGUGACUGCGGUAACCAUGGAAAAUGCAUAGAUGUUGAAGCGACAACGUCACCAAGAAUGCAGUGCUACUGUCAGCUGGGUUGGUUCGGACCGGGCUGCAACAAACGUUCUCCAGUGAAGACCACCGAAAUCGACUUCGAGCUCUACACCGAACGCAAACUAAGCGACACUUUCAGGUUAUACUGGAGGAUACUCAAAGAACACAAAGAACUCGAAGCCGUAAUGGUCGUCAAUGGCACUAGUUACGUUGGCUUGGGUUGGCGGCCCAGAUCUUUAACCAAAACCUGUAAAAACUUCCCCCUGAUCAGUGCUCCAACGACUAAAUCAGUUGAAGGGAAACCUGAACCCGAACCCGAACCCAAAAGUGAGCCCGAACCCACCAGUGAACCGGAACCCGAGCCUAAAAGUGAACCCGAACCCGAACCUAAAAGCGAGCCUGAACCAGAACCGUCGUCGGAGCCCGAACCCACCUCAGAACCAUCGGCCGAACCUGAACCCACCACCAUAAAACCGAAAUACAAAAAAUCCAUAUAUUCCAGACGGUCCGCAUCGUCUGCGCCCCCUCUAAACGCUGACAUCGUCGAAACCAGCGUGUCGUUCCAGGUUAGCAAGAAGCAAGGACGAAAUCGUCGACAAGUCUCCGAACCCGUAGCGGAACCGGAAGUUGAGGCGUCGGCAGAAGCACUCACUACUAAUUCUGAGUCUGAACCGUCCACCGAACCCACUGCUGAACCUAAGACGGAACCAGAACCCGAACCUAAAGCGGAACCCAAAUCCGAACCGGAACCUGAACCUAAAUCAGAACCUGAACCUGAACCCAAAUCAGAACCAGAACCCGAGCCCAAAUCAGAACCAGAACCCGAACCCAAAUCAGAACCAGAACCCCAAGCCGAACCCGAACCGCAUCCAGAACCAGUAAAAACGCACUCAAAUCUCGAGGUAGCACCCACUGGAAAGCAAGAAUCGCUCAAUCCAUACACCCCUCGGCACGAUUUCAACCCGAUGGACUGUACCGACAUCAUCAUCGGGUCCGCCCGAGGAACUGCCAGUAGAAUCGCGGACUACUACACCCGUGACAGGUCCACUCCGCGCAUGGACACCUUCUGGGGUGGCAAAAACGACCUAACAGCCGCCAUGGGUUUUGAAAAAGACGGCGUCACGACCAUUCUUUUCCGGAAAAAACUGAAGGCCACGGAACCUUCAGACCAUACCAUAGAAGAAGAUCUAAUGCAUGUUAUUUUUGCGCAAGGGCAAGAACCAGGUAAAUACGUCCACGUGCCUAAAUCCGGGGUCGAAACAGCCAAAGCGUCCGUCAAAGACUUCUACAAACCCGACGAGCUGAAGUACCAUGGGCACAGAUCACAGCGUGGUGCCACCAGCAUCAAUUUCUUUGACGAGAAGAAGAAAUCCGCGACUGGGGUGUUCGUGUCAGUUAAAGAAGGAAACGUGACCAUGAAUGACACUCAAAAAGGGGAUGCGUCGGAGUGUGGUGGGGAAUGGCGGUACCCUCGCAACUGUGACCCAUUUAAUGGUACUUGUGAGUACAGCGUGAAGUGGGACGUGCCACGGAAAGACGAAAUUCGGUUUGUCAUUACCACGAGUCAUACGGAUUUAUGGACAGGGAUUGCCUUUUCGAACGAUGAAAAAAUGAGUCAAACCGAUGCUAUACUCGGGUGGGUGGACAAAACCGGAAGACCCUUCUUGAUGGACACGUGGAUCACCGGAUACACUCAACCGUUCCUUGAUAGUUCCCAGGGGAUUUAUAACACCGCGGGACGGAUAGUCGACGGAAUCACCACGUUGUCUUUCACGCGGAAGCGAAUUUCGAACGACCCUAAAGACCUGUCGUUUACGGACGAUCACUGUCUAUUUAUGAUGUUUCCAGUAAAAGGAGGAAUAUUCAACAGCGUUAAUAAAAAAAUCAGAAAGCAUGAGGUGACUCCAGUGAUCACUCCCGAAAGAAUUUGUAUCAAGUCUUGUGGCAGCGAGGAAGGCGAUGUUGCAACCACCACGGAACCUCCAGGUUUGGCUUACAAUGUCGCGGUGAAAAUUAUCGACCUGGGUGAUAACUUCGUGGUGCCGGAACAUGGAAGUCUGCAGUACGACGACUUGUCCAAUUCCAUCAGCGACAAUUUUAAACCCAUUUUCGUCAAGAUCCCAGGCUUUCGACGAAUAUUGAUUGAUGAUCUGAAAGAGGACGGGAACGACUUAGUGGCUAAUAUGAAUCUCCAAGUGGACAAAGCCACCGCCGAGAAGGGCCGCUCUUUGUCAGACGAAGUCGAUUCCAACCGGGAGGUGCACGAGAUCCUCCAGGAAAGCGUACGUUCCGGGAAAGUGGGUAACCUCAAAGUGGAUCCCGGUUCCCUGGUAUUCGAACCAUUAAGUUUAACUUCAAAUAUAGUACAGAACACCGCAUCUGACGAAAAAGACGGUUUCUUCAAUUUAUCCGAGGCUAAACUAUAUAGUGUUUUAGGCUGCAUAGCAGCUCUGAUUCUAGUCGCUAUAGUUCAAGCUAGUUGUACAAUAUACAAAGCGGCCAGCAAAAGCUCGUCGAGUCAUAAGGACCACCUCAUCCCCAACUCGGCAUGGAAAGACUACUCCGCAGCCAACACGAAUUACGCAUUCGACGCCUUCGAAGCCGAAGAGAAGAAGCAACAAGCGAAUGGAAAAAGCCGCAGCGACACGCUGCCUCCUCCUAAGAGCAACAACCGCAUCCAGCGGCCCCAGGGACGACCUCCCAGCGUCCCGCCGCACAAUUCCACGGGCGGAUUCAUGGGCGACACGCGGUCGCUGCAGAGACCUAGAGGUGCAUACCCUGGGAAUCUGGAACGGAGUACGUUUUCGCUACCUAGGACGACGUACGAUAGGCAGAGAUCAGUACCCGAUAUGCAACCCGACUUUUAUUUUAUGCCAUCGCAAAGGAAGUAUUCGGGGGAGGUUGUUAGAGUCUAUGUGGACUACAACAACCAGCCCAAGUGAUGACAGUGGUCGGAUGGGCGAUCGUUUUAAGUACCUUCAGGCGUAGCUUUUAUUUUUUAUACAGAGGGAUCAUUUAGACCUGAGUGGGUGUAGUAAAAGCGGCACAUUUAUAGUGCAGCUCGUUUUUAGACUAAGCGGCAAACUCAGGCCUACUUGAUCGCUCUGUACAAGAGUUAAUUAUUGAAGUUUUAGUCGGUCUGCGUAAUUUAUUUUGUACAUGUGGCUAUUUAUUGUUGUAUUAUAAGUUAUUAAAGUUGCAGCCAUGUGCACAAAACAAGUCGCGAGCGGAGUAUUUUUUCUGUGCGAGGUGUGUCCACGUAAACAUUAAUACCCAACCAAAGUGCAAUUUUUGUAUAUUUCAAAAUAUUUCCAAUAUAAAAUGAUUCCACCAUUGUUAAUUGAUGUUGGUACCAAUGAAGUGACUUGUCAAUUUUGCGGUGUUGCCACGUGUUUUCAAAAUACAUAAAUAGCUAAUAAUAAAUACUUGGAAUCCAUUAAAAUGCUCUCUACUGCAAAUAAGGCGCAGAAGUAUGGUUGGAAUUCCCAUAAAACGUUUUUGUAUACAUAAUGUGUAAUUUCAGUUGAUGUACAGUGGACAUGUCACUAUAGUCUGACACAAAUUAAAAGCCAAAUAAUUUUAAUAAAGUGGAAACGUGUAUUGUAUGUAAAUAAAGUAUAUAUUUAUAACGUAAGGAUAAUAUUUAAGAUGACCUCUAAGUACAUAGAUAAAUAAAAUAACAACACUUUUUGUAACAAUGAAACUUCCGUUUUUGUUUUCAAACAAAAUAAAUAAAUAAAGAAGAAAUUCGUA